ACACGAAGGAGAAUAUCACUUCCUGUUUAAAAAUGGCUGCACCCUUACGAAUGUCACAUUAGAAGUGCUCUUUUCUGUAAUGUUGAAAACGUUUUCGAUCUUUAACGUAUUUGUUUGACCUCUUUUGCCUAAACAUGGUCCAUCUAUCAUCCUUCCUACUGAAGACGUACCAUGGAGGACACAUUGUCAUCAGAUUGGCAAUGGCUGGCCACAAACAGUCUAACAGACCUUUCUACCGCAUUGUGGCAGCUUACAACAAGCGAGCACGAGACAGUAAAUACAUAGAACAGCUAGGCUCUUAUGACCCCCUGCCAAACAUCUACAAUGAGAAACUGGUCAGCAUCAACUCCGACAGGAUCAAGUACUGGAUGGGCUGUGGUGCACAUCCAACGAAGCCUGUGGCCAAACUUCUAGGACUGGCUGGGUUCUUCCCCCUGCAUCCCAUGACGGUGACAGAGACAGAGCGUCGCAGGGCCCUGGCAGAACUAGCAGAGGAAGCAGCUCCAGAGGAUGGAGUUAAGCAGCAGGAACUAUGAGCGCUGCAGUGCUGGAACAUGUGGGACUGUCGAGCAUAGCAGGAUGUGGAAACUGUACACGAAGGACAGCCAUAAAUGCCAUUCCCCUCCCAAAAGGUUGACUGUUUCCAGUGAAAGCCUUUGUUCUAUGUGAACUAUGAAUAUUCAUAAACAGUGCUUUUCCUGCUA